AUGAUGGGGGCCCCCUUUGGGGGCCCCCACGAGUAUGAUGAGGGGGCCCCCCAGGGGGCCCCCGUGGGUAUGAUGGGGGUGCCCCCAGGGGGCCCCCACAACUAUCAUGGGGGGCCCCCCAGGGGGCCCCCAGGGGGCCCCACGAGUAUCAUGGGGGGGCCCCCCAGGGGGCCCCACGAGUAUGAUGAGGGGGCCCCCCAGGGGGCCCCCGUGGAUAUGAUGAGGGGGCCCCCAGGGGGCCCCCACAAGUAUCAUGGGGGGCCCCCCAGGGGGGCCCCAGGGGGCCCCAUGAGUAUCAUGGGGGGCCCCCCCAGGGGGCCCCACGAGUAUGAUGAGGGAGCCCCCCCGGGGGGCCCCCGUGGGUACGAUGAGGGGGCCCCCCUGGGGGGCCCCCGUGGGUACGAUGAGGGGGCCCCCCCGGGGGGCCCCCAAGGGUAUCGCUGGGGGCCCCCAAGGGUAUGA